AUGCUUGGGAAAGAAACCACUCAGGAGAAAAACACUACUCAGCUAAACUCAAUAGCCGUUCCUAAAACAUUGUCUGAGGCAUUAAACAGCAGGGAAUGGAAGCAGGCCAUGAAAGUUGAGAUGGACGCACUGGAAAAGAACAAGACUUGGGAGACGGUCGAAUUACCGAAGGGAAAAAAAACUGUGGGAUGCAAAUGGGUGUUUUCAGUAAAAUUCAAUGCAGAUGGAUCUCUUGAAAGGUACAAGGCAAGGCUAGUAGCAAAAGGAUAUACCCAGACCUUUGGUGUUGAUUAUCAAGAAACUUUUGCCCCAGUGGCAAAAAUGAACACAAUAAGAAUUUUAUUGUCUUUGGCUACUAACUUUGAUUGGACUUUGCAGUAG